GAUAGGCGCUCGGAAAAGACGGGGUGGGCGGGGCUACAGGAGUGGGCGUGUCCCGGAAGGGAAGCUGCUUGAUGGCCGCGGAAGCGGGGAGAGGGAGGCAAGGGCGCCCGGGUUGCCCUCGCUGCGCGCGGCUGCUAGAUGCUGCUGUCGGCAUCGCCCCUGCACCGGCUGGGCUGGCUCUGGCUGUGGGUGCUGCACUCGCUGGGGCAGCCCCCUCCGGCCGCCGGGAAGGAGGUCGACGUCGCCCGCUACAGGUGAGCCCGGACCAGGAUGACUGAUGGAGGGACAGCAGCUCGCUGCUCCCUCAUCACCACCUGGGCUCCUUUGCCUUCCCUUUUCUAAAGGCGGAUUUUCAACAGGUGAAGCCUCCCCUUUUUCCGUGGCUCGCCUCUCUGGCUGGCCACGUUGAAUUUCACCUGCCAUCAAGUCUCCCGCAAGGACAACGGGAGAAAAAAGGAUGGUGGCAGCCCUGCUCUCGGGUGGAAAACCGAGGGUGGGAGAGGGUGGAAAUCCUCUAAUACUAAUACGCAGCUGUAUUUAUGUUUGCUUUUAAAAAAAAAAGUGCUUGUUUUCUAAUAGUGAGGAUGGAACAGAAAUAAAAGGUCAGGGGAUGAGGAUUAGACUUUAGAUGGUAAGUUCUACCCUUGUAGAAAAUGGUAAGAAACGACAGUCAUUUUAUUCAUGUGAUUGUUUAAAUAUCUUAGGGAUGUGGCUUCAUGGAAAAGUAAACAAGAUAUCAUAGCCAUAUAUGUGGGGAAAUCUUAAAAAUAACUGAGGGCAUGCUGCUCUUGACAUAUGCAGGUCUUUGUGGUCAUGGUUGAAAGCAGCUGUGAAGAACCUUGAGGCAAAAAAACCCCCAGAAGUAGAUCCUGCAAACCUAAAGUGCUUCCUUUGAGAAAGUAGGAAAAGUGCAGUGGAUUAUUGGAAAUUAUAAGGGAAUCUUGAAGACAUUGGUUUGGUGUGAAGCCAUGAACAGAGGCCUUUUUCUCUUCCCUUCUUCUCCUGCCUUCCACUGCAUUUUGUGUAUAUCAAGCAGGCAGCAAGAAAGUUGGAAGGAAGAGAAUUGCUGAGGUGACCUACUGAGGGCUGGUCACAGCCCUGGCAUGGGAGCUACCAGAGAUCCAUAUUUAUUCUGCAUGGCGGCAUUCCAUGUGGAGGCUGUAAUAUUUGAAAGCAUCUCAUUGUGUAAAUCCUAGAUGAAGAAAUUUUAUUUUGCUUUUCAGACCAAAAUUGUUUCCCAGAGUGGCUCAUGGUGAUCAAAAAGUCAAUUCAGUCCUGGUGGCAGGAAUUGUACAUAAAUGAAACUGACCUUGUCCUCAGGUUUACAGACUAAAAUGACCAAAAGGAAUGGGAGCAGAGAGAGAACCUCGUGAAUGGAAAUCAGUUUGACAGUGUCAGAAUUACAUGAUUAAUUCUGAGUUGGCAUUUAUCCAGUUGUGGUCAUACUGACCUUCCCCUGCUGUUGGUCUUGCUGGCCUAGAAGGGAUACAACUACCCAUUAAUCCAAUUAGUGCUUUCCCCCUCACUUCUGCAGUUCCAGGGCAACUGGAGCAGAGCUGGAAGGUGGGAAGCAAACUUAUUGUGGCUGCUCCAUUUCUGGAAGAAGGCUGCUCUCAUCCUUGCUUUGAUCUUCUUCAUGCGGGUGGGGUUUCAGCCUUCUGGCCGCCCUCAAAACUUCCAGUUUUGAAGAGAACAUACUUUGUUUUUAGAUGAUAUUGCACAUGUAUUGCGUCAUACCCCAUUUUAGAAGAAGCAUUCUCUGCUCUGUGAGAGAAAGGAGAAUGCUUCUUCUGUGAUGGCAAGUAUGAUCCACUCCUUUCAAAAUUUUGGCAGUGCUAUGCUCACCUUUGUAGAGGUCACCUUUUUUGCUGCUGCUGUUCUGUGGUGUUGUCCACUUUUCUGUAACACUGUAAGUAUGAAACGUUUUUGUUUUUUUUCUCCCUUUAGAGAGCGAGUCAAGUCCAUGUUUUAUCAUGCAUAUGAUAAUUACCUGGAAAACGCCUUCCCGUAUGAUGAACUGCGCCCUCUGACAUGUGAUGGGCAGGACACUUGGGGAAGGUAAUGGGAAGACUGAAUGUUCUUUCUGUGGUUGCUUGUGGAAUUUUGAAAUAACACCUUCUUACGGUAUGUCCCUGUUUACUAGAGCAGGUGUCGUCGUCCCCCCACCUGCCAUGCUGAGUGAAGCUGAUGGGAAUUGCAGUCUAACUUCUGGAGGGCCCCAUGUUACAGCAUAUGCUAGUUGUCCAGGAGCAGCGUAGAUUUACUUAACCUUUUCACUGCCUUUGGAAUGGGUUUGUUUAGCCUAGUGAGGAAAGACUGAGGUGCACAUGAUGAAACUGUUCCUAUACCUGAAGUGCUGUCACAUAGAAGAGGCCACGUUCUCUGCAGAACUUGAUGUAAUGGGCUCAAGUUACAGGAGGAUGGAUUUCAGUAGAACAGUGGGAGAAACCUCUUAAUGGUAUGAGCAGUUUAGCCAUGGAACUAACUAUUACAGUGGAGGUGGGCUCUCCCUCACUAGAUCUUUUCCGACAGAGACUGGACAGCCAUCUCUUGGUUUUUCAGAGAAGAAGCCCAUUGGUUAAAUGCCAGCAUGUGCAUCUUUCUAUGUAUUUUGUGGUUGAUGCCGCAUUUGCCUCACCAGCAUUGCCUUCCUUUCUUUUUCAGUUUUUCUCUCACACUGAUUGAUGCGCUGGACACUCUGCUAGUAAGUACCGUUUGUCAGUAUCAUAAUCUUUCUUAGUUUUCUCAGGUCCUGCUUAUUCUCAGGCAUAUUGCAUAUUGGUAGAAAAAUGAUUCUGUUCCUCAUACUUUCAAUUUCUCCCUACUUUCAACUUCUUUACAAACAAGUAAAAUGACAGCAUUACUAAAACCAAGCACAAAAUGGAUUCCAAGCACAAAAUGGAUUCACAAAUUUGAAAACAAAGGGUUAUAUCCAACACUAUUGUUUCACUUACACAACACAUGUUUCCAUAAGGAAUGGACCAUGUUCCCCUUUCUUGCCUGCAGCUUCCCCAAAUCUUCUCCAGAGGGUUGAGGGACCUUUCAGAACAGAUUUGGGGGUGCACAGGGAGAGAAGAAGACAGUAUGAGACUGGAACUCCAUGUGUGCAGUGCAGGAUACAGCCCAAAUGUAGAAGUAAAAUUGUCCAUUGUCUCCCAAGACAGAUAGAUGCCAGCUAAUUCCAGACUUGAUCCAUAGGAACAUAGAAAGCUGCUUUAUACCGAGUCAGACUCACUGGUCCAUCUACCUCAGUAUUGUCUACACUGAUUGGCAGCAGCUCUCCAGGGUUUCAGGCAGGGAGUGUCUCCCAGACCUAUCCGGAGAUGCUGAGGAUGGGACCUGGCCUGUUCACAAGGCCAACUUCUGUUGUUGAUGCAAUGCCAACAUUCCAAGUUCUAGCACAUUUUCUUCAUUAUAACAGCCUGAAGAAGCUUCAAGGGCAAAGCUAGAUUGCCCCAGUGUAAUAUUCUGUAAUAUAUCUUUCCUACUGAUUUCUAUCCUGCCUGCCCCCAAAUUUAGAUGUUUGCAGUCUCAUGAAUUGUAUGCUUUCAAUUACAUUUAUUUAUUCCCAGAUUUUGGGGAACGUCUCUGAAUUCCAGAGAGUUGUCAGCGUGUUGCAGGAGGGUGUGAAUUUUGAUAUCGAUGUAAAUGCUUCUGUCUUUGAAACCAACAUCAGAGGUGAGUGGAACUCAAAAAGGUCCCUGUCUUGGAAGUAUUUUGCAUAACAAAUUAGUCUAGAGUUGCAGCACAGAGGAAAGAUGAGUGUGUAAUAUAGUAACAGGAUUCAGAAGGGUAGCCAUGUGUAGCCAGUUGUAGCAAAAACAACAAAGAGUCAGUUGUAGCAGCCUUUUAAGGAUUGACAAUUUAUUACAGCUUAAUUUUUCACGGAGCAGAGUCCAUAAGAGGUAUAAAGUGUAAUCCUAAAUUGGCAGGCAUUAUAUUAAAAGCACUGGGGGUUGGAAGAAUGGAAAAUGAAGAGGGAAAUAAAAGUUAUAGAAAUACCCUGUUCAGAGGUAAUACAAUACCAGAUUAGAACAAGGAUGGAUUAACCAGAUAUUGUUGAAAGCCAGUUCUCAUUAUUCCUGACCUUUGGCCUUGCUCUCUGGGGCUGAUGAGAGUUGCAGCUUCUAGAGGGUCCCCACUUCCCCACCCCUGUAUUAAAGAGAGAAAUCAGACAGAGAACUAUGGCCUUCUAUCCCCUGCCUGUAGUGGUCCUGGAAGCAGUCAGCUGGCAACUGUUAGAAAAAGAGACCUGAGCUACAUGGGCUUUUCGUCUUAUUCAGCCGGGAUGCUGUUAACAUUCUUGUGAUGAUUCUAGUGCAAGUUUUUGCUCUGAUGCUUUUCUGUAUUCAUUAAUAAGGCGCUAAGUUGAACAUUUCAUGACUUACACAGUAUAUCCUUGCAAUGAUCAAGGGAAAAGAUGUUGCUGGGAUAAGAACAAUUCAUGUGUGUCUCCUGAGAAGUUUAACCAAAUGGCUGGCUCCUCUGUAGCCACUGAAAAGGAAAUCAGUUCUGCACACUUCACAUUGGCCAAUUUGCACAAUCAAAUCCUGGGUUAAGAAGCCAGGAUGUGAAAGUGUCAUGCGUGCUCGCAUGCAACUCCUUCAUGUGAGCUGCAUAACAGGCCAAGAUUCAGCUUUUGGCCCUAGUUUCUCAUUAUGUGUGAACCUGGAAACUGUGGUUAAUGGUUUUUCAGACAAGACUGGAUGUGAGGCCUGUUGAACUGUUUCUUUAAAUGUAAAGGUUCAUCAUUGUUCUACCCGAUGUGUAUGUCUUUAAGGGGCCAGAGCAAGGGCCAGAGCAAGAUAAUGAGACCCAGCUUUACAGCUGUGAAACAUAGCAGGUGCUGCUGAGUUGUAUUGAUUAAGCUGUGUUGGUAAUUGGGUGUAGUAUAUAAGGAGCAGCACCUAGCUCUCCCAUUACCCUGGGGGAUGGGUUGGUGGUUGGGUCUGGUUUGUUGUUGAUGUAUUUAGUGUAAAUGGAGUUUUUGUUUUUGUAAUUAAAACCUUAUUUAAGUUAUUUUUGAGUCCCUUUUUAAUGCAUGGUCUCCCCAGCAAGCUCUCUGCAGUGCUACCAUACUGCAAAUAGCCAACAAGGCCAUGGUUUAAAUUUGAUUUCCAGUUCCUGGCUGGUUUGGAACCCACAUAGCAUAGCUUAUGACUUUGCACAUAAAACAAAUCUCUGGUUAAAAGCUGAAUCGUGGCUUGUUCAAAGGAACUCAGUGCCACCCACAAGUAGCUGCUGCAUAUACUGACUUCUUAAGCCAGGAAUUGAUUGUCCAAUUAGUCUGUUUGCUCCUCCUUUUAAAUAUACUAUGAUUGCAGAUAAAGGGGCUGGGCAUGGUUAUCAAAAGGAUGGUGGCUAGUCGGCUGUAGAUAUGCCUGGAGGAAGUGGAUUUUCUAGAUCCGUUCCAGUCUGGUUUUGGCUCUGAAACACUCUUGUCGCCCUGAUUGACAGUCUCCACUGGGAAAGUGAUGGAGGAAUGCAACUCUGCUGGUUCUCCUUGAUCUCUCAAUGGCUUUUGACACCAUUGACCAGGUGUUCUUCUGGAGCGACUCAGGGAGGUUGGAGUUAGAAGUACUGUAUUAUAGUGGUUCCACUGCUGCCUCCAGGAUCACUAGCAUAAAAUAUUACUAGGAGAUUACUGCUUAGCUUUUGGGCUGUUGGGUCCCACAAGGGUUCAUUCUGUCUCCUAAGCUAUUUAAAAUAUAUGUGGAAACUGUUGGGAGCUGUUAUCUGGGGAUUUGGAGCACAGUACUCAGCUCUCUUCUUCCAUUCCAUAGAAAUCUGAGUCCGUGAAGGUGUUGGACAGGUGUUUGGAGGCAGCAGUAGACUAGAUGGGGGCCAAUAAAUUGAGACUGUUUCCAGAUAAGACAGAAGUACUGUGUAUGGGUAGUUCCCAUGCCCAGGAAUUUGGUGUACAACAAGUUCUGGAAGGAGUUGCACUCCCCUCUUAAGGAAAAGGCUUGUAGUCUGGGAGUAUUCCCGGAUCCCAGCUGGAUUGUCGCUGGAGUCUCAUAUUGCUUCUGUGGCUAGGAGUGCUUAUACCUAGCAUAGGCUGAUUCACCAGCUGCAUCUGUUCCAAGGUCAGAGUAGCCUGGCCUCAGUUGUCCGUUCUUGGUGGCCUUCAAAAACAUUCCUGUUUACUGAGGGAUUUGAUGGCUGAAAGAGACUGUGAGAUCACUAGCUGAGAUAAUGUUCUUAACUGUUUUUAGAUUUUUGCUUUGUUUUAUCAUUGCUAUGUCUGCUGCUGCUGCGGGCUCCUUUGGGAGGAAGAGCAAGAUACAAAUCAAAUGAAAAAUAACAUAUUCACCCUUUGCCAUUCAGACAGCACUACUUUGCUUUUUAAAUAAGCUGUGCAUUCCCAUUUUCAGUGGUCGGCGGCCUCCUGUCUGCUCACUUGUUGUCAAAGAAGGCCGGUGUUGAAGUGGAAGCAGGAUGGCCCUGCUCUGGGCCCCUCUUGAGGAUGGCAGAGGAUGCAGCUCGAAAACUUUUGCCAGGUGAGCACUGUUGCAGACUCUGAGAAUUCAUUUCCUCCCUUUCUGUGUUGCUGCCUUAUAGGCUAAACUAGAUUAUAAGUAAUGGGUACCAGGAACUUCAGGGGGACAAAUUCUUGCAAAUUGCUAGGAGCAGAAGAGAUGUAGUUGGAUAUCUCAAGUGCGUUGAAAAUAAAUAUUUAUGCUCCUAAUGUAGCCUUUUCCAACCUUGAGUCCCCAGAUGUUCCUGGACCCCAGUUCCCAUCAUCCUUGACCACUGGACCUGCUAGCUAAGAAUGAUGGGAGUUGUAGUCCAACAACAUCUGGGGACCCACAGUUGGGAAAGGCUGCCCUAAUGUAUACUGGGCCAAAUGUUGCUAAAAUCUGAAGUAAUGAAAGUGGACUCAAGUGUCUGCUUUUUUUUAUCAAUGAGUAUACCACAGCAGCAAAAUUAGUAUUAUGGCUAAGUGGAUAAUGUGGGACGCGGGUGGCGCUGUGUCUAAACCACAGAGAUUAAGGCUUGCUGAUCAGAAGGUUGGCGGUUCAAAUCCCCAUGACGGGGUGAGCUCCUGUUGAUCGGUCCCUGCUCCUGCCAACCUAGCAGUUCGAAAGCAUGUCAAAGUGCAAAUAGAUAAAUAGGUACCACUCCAGUGGGAAGGUAAACAGCGUUUCCAUGCGCUGCUCUGGUUCGCCAGAAGUGGAUUAGUCAUGCUGGCCACAUGACCCGGAAGCUGUACGCUGGCUCCCUUGGCCAGUAAAGCGAGAUGAGCGCCGCAACCCCAGAGUCGUCCGCGACUGGACCUAACGGUCCAUGUUACCUUUGCCUAGUGGAUAAUGUAAUGGCUCUGAUAAAUAUCUAAGAUGAGAAAUAAUGCAGCUAAUGCAAUGUUUACUUUAAGGAAGUAGAAAGGCGCCUACAGUGCUGUAUAUGACAUGUAUUUGUCACUAAGCAUUCAUUGCACACUUGAGCUAAAACAGAACAUACAGUCUUUGCUGUCUAUUUGAAUAGCGAUGAUCAUUUUAACUUGUGGUUAUUAGGAUUCGCAUUUGUUCACCUGUGAAUGGGUUACCGUUAAAGUGGAAUAUAAAUCCCAAUCUAUACAACAGAAACCUCUUUGAGCAAAGUAGUUCUUCAGUAUACAGCUGUGUUCUUGUGUUUGUGUGUUUUGUAAAAUCUUUAAAUUAUUGCCAUAAACGUAGGAAAUCUAUUAGUUGCCAAGCCCGUUGAGCUUGAUUGGACAGUGUAUCAGGGUUGCUCACCAGGAGCUGGUAACAAUUCCUUACGGGUAAAUACCUUGCUUGCUGGACCUGCUGUUCAAAUUGAGCUGUGCGUUAUAGGUGACGAGGCAGACAAACGUACGUGCAUUGAAUUCAAUGCAUUGAAUUAGGCUGUCUUCCCAGUAGUUGUCCUGACUUGUUUGCCCACUGUUUAGAUUGUGCUGGGCUGUCACAUGACUUGCUGUUAAAACUUGAAACACACCUGAUAGGAGACUUGCAGGAGUAUUUAUGGAACCAACCUUGGGAGGAGAAUCCACAGUUUGAACUGUAUUACCUACACUGGGCCCCCAGUUAUGCUAGUUUUGUUUUGAAGCCUUUCAGACUCCAACUGGAAUGCCAUAUGGGACAGUGAACUUACUACAUGGAGUAAACCCUGGAGAGACACCAAUUACUUGUACUGCUGGAAUUGGUACAUUUAUAGUGGAAUUUGCUACGUUAAGUCAUCUUACAGGUGACCCAAUAUUUGAGGAUGUUGCCAGAAAGGCUCUUAAGACCCUCUGGAAAAAUCGUUCUGAUAUUGGCUUGGUGAGUGGAAAAGCCUCAUGUCACACUUUCCAUCUAGUUUGAUUUUUGUUGAAAGUAUGGUCGAAUUCUUUUAAAACACUGCCACUGAAACACAUUGAUUGCAAGAAUAUAACAGUACCAGGUCCACCAUGUACCAUAAAUGUACACAGGCUGGUAUGAGCUUAAUCCUACUCCCAAACCUCUGUUGUUUGUCUACAUCAAGGCUGAGCAUGAUGAUCAUCACCAUUUUUCAGUAGCUUGUGGUCCAGAUACCUUGAGCUUUUUUGCAAGAAUACAAUGGAUGAUCAUAUUAGAAGACGGCUUGUGAAGUUCCAAUACUUGUAGAAACCUACAUUGCUUGCUACCAGUCACUUCCUACCUCCACAUUCUUACAAAUCUUUUAAAAAAAAGAUUUGCUCUUACAUUUUCGCAGGUAUACAAAUCAGUUCAGGAAUUUCCUCAUUGGUCAUUUCUCAUCAUCAUCACUAUCUUAAAUGAAUCUCUUCUGUCAUGGAACUCAAGAGAGCAUACAUGACCCAUCCAAACACUGACCAGACUCAGACCUGCUUAAGUUCAGCAAGGUGGUGGUCUCAUGUGCCUUCAGACCCAUCCACCACCCAUUAGCCAUUAGUCCUUGUUUUCACUGAAAACUGGUAUGAUCCACAAAGUGUCUGUCACAGGAUUUAAUGUGGAAAUGAAAUUCACUCUGGGGGAAAUUCAGUGUAUUCAGUUACGUUCUAGGCUUAUAGUAUGUUCUUGGGCAAAUCCAAGAACUUGGAACCGGAAAGCAGCUGGGAAUUUAAAUAAAGAUCAGAACAGUUGAUGCCAUGAUAAGCAUUCUAGUUUAAAAGGCUGUGUUAAUGAAUCAUUAAUGUCGCAUGUUAGAGAUGCCUGGUCCUGUGUUAGUUCUCCUAAUCAGACUCAUUGAAGUUAACGAACAUGGCUAACUUAUGUCCAUUAAUUUCAGUGGGCCUAUUCUGAGUAAAAAUUAGUUGACUACUACCCAUAGUGUUUUUUUUAAGAAUUGGUACAGUAACACACAUUGUUGGCACUAAAUGCAUGUUAGAAGGACUGCAGAAAUUAAUAUUUUUUUGUUAUGUCUUUGUGCUUUUUGGAAGCUUGUACAGAUAACAAACCAAGGAUCUAUUGUUUGCUGAAAUGUAUAGAAAUGUAAACCUAUGCUAAUCCCAAUCUACAGCUUUUAAGAAAUGAGGCUUUUUUUUCUUUCUUCAGGUGGGUAAUCAUGUUGAUGUGGUAACUGCCAAAUGGGUAGCCCAGGAUGCUGGCAUUGGAGCCGGAGUAGAUUCCUAUUUUGAGUAUCUUGUUAAAGGAGCCAUCCUAUUGCAGGACGAGGAGCUGAUGUCAAUGUUUCUAGGUGAGUUCAGAAAGGGCCAUAGCUCAGUGGCAGGGCAUCAUCUUUGCAUGCCAAAGGUCCCUGGUUCCAUCCCUGGCAUCUCCAGGUAGGGUCAGGAAAUACCUCUACCUGACAUCUCGGAGAGUCAUUGCCAGCCAUGGUGGACAAUGCUCAUUGGCUUCCUUCCUUCAUCACAUUAGAGAAGGGCUGUAGCUCAGGGAUAUAACAUCUGCUUUGCAUGCAAGAGGUCCCAGGGUUUGGGAAUCUCUCUUCUCUGCAGCCUUAGAGAGCUGCUUAUAGUCAGUGUGGACAAAACUGAGCUAGAUGGGCAAAGGAUCUGACUCAGUCUAAGGCAGUGACAUGUGAUGGUCUUGUUCAGUGGUGAUGAGCACAAUCAAGAGAAUCACACUUUAAAGCUUCUGAUUAUGCAUCGGCAGCCCUGUCUCUGUCUGCCCCUGUCAGGUUUGGGGCAGUCUUGCAGCCAAAUUGGAACAGCUGCCAGGCCAAAUCAGGAUGCAUGUCCAGGCCAUGGCCCCGGAGGCUCCUUGCCCCUGCUUUAAUGAUAACUCAUGUGCCAUUUUUUCUCUUUCCCUCCUUGAACAGCAACUGCUCUGUAGAAGCUCAUCUGUUGUGAGCAGAGUUCCCUUUUAAAAUAUUUUCGUAUUGUCAUCCCUUUAACAUUGUUAAGCAUAAAAGGAAAUUCCAAUGAUAAAUGUGUUCUUUGAAAUAUAUGCAGAUAGAUUAUAUGAAAGCCAGUUCAUUUUCAGGUGCUCUGAAAUUCUUCUUCCAAUGUUUAUCGUUCAUUUUGACUUGUCUUUCUGUAGACUACAACAAAGCUAUAAGCAACUACACAAAAUUUGAUGAUUGGUACCUCUGGGUUCAGAUGUAUAAAGGAACAGUCUCAAUGCCUGUUUUUCAGUCCCUUGAAGCCUACUGGCCUGGCUUGCAGGUAAGGGCUGAUGAAGAACAGGUAUGUUUUAACUCAGGGAUCGCUAAAGAACUUGUGGCUCUUCAUAUGUUGUUGGUCAAGCAAUACUUGGUGGCCACAGGUUCCAUCCCUCUUUUAAUUGCUUGUGUUCUUCAUAAUUCCAUUUCUACAGUAAAACUGAGAACCUGCACCAGAGUAGGCGUCCAAUGCAGUAUAACAUGAAUCCAGUCUUUUUGCCUGUGUUGGAUAAUCCUGUACUUAAAUCAGAAGUGUUAAAGCAGAUGAGGACAAAUAUCUGCACUGAGAAAACCAGCUGUGGCUUUUUCUUGCCAAGAAAACAGUUAGCAAUAAUCCACUUUUCGUUGUCUCUCUGAUUCCGUGUGAACUGUAAUUCCGCUGAGAAUCUGACAAAGGCUGUUUUAGUAUCUAGGAAUGAAAAUGAACGAUUUCCUAAAACAGAGUAGCCCUAUUAAACUUAAACAUGUUGUUUCUAGUAGAUUUCUUUCCAGACUUAAAAAAAACCUGGUUGCCACUGAGGUGUCUGUCCUAUGGUUAUUUUAUAUUCCAAGUCUUCUUACAGACAUCAUCUCAGUACAUAGUUGGUUGUGCUAUUACGGUUCUUCUCCUCCCCCCCACCCUUUUCCUUUUUUUAAAGCAGAUUAAGUACUAUUUGAGGGUUCUAGUUGUACACUGUGCUUGGUUUGAUUAUGUCUGCUAUGCUCUAUUCUUUCUGUUACCUCACUGGGUUUUUUCUGGUUUUAUUCUUCCUCCCAGAGCCUCAUUGGAGACAUAGAUAGUGCAAUGCGAACAUUCCUCAAUUAUUACACUGUUUGGAAGCAGUUUGGUGGGUUGCCUGAGUUCUACAAUAUUCCCCAGGGUUAUACAGUGGAAAAGCGUGAAGGGUAUCCACUUAGACCUGGUAAAUGAGAAAUAAGUAUUUUGUAUGUGACAUCUUUCAUUUGUUGUUUACAAGGCAUAUAAAUACUGCAGGUGUAUGUUUAAAUAAAAUAAUUUAUAUACUGCUUAACUACAGUAAUCUCCAAGCAGUUUACAAGGAUGAAAUACUGAAAGUAAAUAUUGGUUAGAACUAUAAAAUCAAAAUCCAAUUAAAAUGCCUGCUGGAACAACAACAAAAAAUGUCUUCAGUAGGCACUGGAAGUUCAGCAGGGAGGGCGGGAGUCUUCAUGACAUUCCUCCUAGGGGUGCAGCGAUAAAAAAGCUAGCACAUUUGCAAAACUAAGCAUGGUUUCAAAGCAGAUGAGGAGACUGUGUGUUAAGAUUCCUGCCUUGCAGGUGGUUGGAGAUGACCCUCAAGACCCCUUCCAAUUCUAUGAUUCCAUUAUGUCAUCUGGAAGCAAGUGCCAUAAAAUUGGGCCCACAAUACUAAACCCAACGGCUCCUGUUGAAUACGAGCCAUGCAUGCAAGCCACGGGGGACCACUAACAGUAACUCCCCCAAAGACCUCAGUAAUUAAGAAGAGAUAUAAGGGAUUAGGCAGGUAUCCUGGACCCAAAUUGUUAAGGGCCUUGUAAAGUUAUAUAAAAACCUUGAGCAUGGCUUAGUAGCGUAUGGGCAGUCAGUGUAAACUUUUGAACACUGCAGUUAUGUGCUGGCGGUAAUCUGCCCCCAUCGACAGUCUAGCCCACAGCAUUUUGCAUCAGCUGGAACCUCUGGACCAGGCCCAAAUGCAGCCCCACAUAGAGCACACUGCAAUAAUAGAGUCUUGAGGUUACUGUAAUGGCCAUAGUCAGCAUACCAGCUGAAGCUAGUAAAAGGCACUCCUCAUCACCAAGGCCUCCCUAGCCUCCAGCAACAAAGAUAGAUACAGGAGACCCCCUCCCCCAAAAAGUCCAAGCUUCUUCAUUCAGAGGGAGCACAACUCCACCCAGAACAGGCAGCUGUCCAGUCUCCCAGACACAUGAACCACCAUCCCAAAGGGCUUCCGUCCUCCUACAGUUCAUGCUUAGUUUACUGGUCCUCGUCCAGAUCACCCCUCCACCUAGGCAAGUGUUUAGAUCAUGCAUAGCAUCCCCUGACUCAAUGUUAUGGAGAAGUAGAGCUGUGUGUUGAUAGCCUAUUGAUGACCCUUAGCCCCAAAUCAUCUAAAGACCACACACAGUGAUGUUAUAUAGAUAUUAAACUAGAUUGUUUAAGACUUUAGCUUGUACCUUGUGGCUUCCUUUUGGAUGAUCUCCAAGUUGCUUUGUGGUUUGCCUUGGUUAUAGAUAAAUCUAUAGAUCAUUAACAUUUCAGUCUAAGUGGCUCCUGAACCUCUUUCUGUUAAAAAGAGGGUUCCAAAUGCAUAUUGUUCUCUAGUGUUGCCGAAGGCAGCAGCUUUGAACAGCAAGCUACCUCUUAACGCAGAAUAAAAUGAGUUCCAAACUACGUGACAUGAUGGGGGGAAAGUUUUAAGGAAAACUGAUUAUUUUGUUCCUUAUUCAAUAAUAGAUGACCCCUGUUUUGAACUAUUGUGUGUUCUGAAUCUUUGGGAAACUGUGCAGGUGCUUCCUGUAUAUUGAAUAAAUGCAUGUGUAUGCAAUGAUGUAACUUAAGGGGUGGGAUUCACCUCAUCAGUUGAAACCCUGUGCAAUGGGGCUUCCCCUCUCUCCUUCAUGUGCCUCCUGAAAUUGGUUCGGGGGUUGAAGAGAACCCCCCGAGUACAGCACAGGGGAGGGAAGAUAAUUCCGUCUGGAAAGCUGAUAAUCUUGUGCGUACAGAAUAUUUUUAAUAGCGCAACAUUGAUUUCCACCCAAGCUUUUUCUUUUUUGUAUUUCUGCAGAACUGAUAGAGAGCGCAAUGUACCUAUAUCGUGCUACCCAAGAUCCCACCCUUUUGGAACUGGGCAGAGAUGUUGUAGAGUCAAUAGAAAAAAUCAGCAAGGUUGAGUGUGGCUUUGCAACAGUUAAGUAUUUCUCCUGAACUCUCUUCCCCUGCCCCUUUCUUUUUAGUAAUGGACUAGUGUGUCCCUCUCAAGCAUCCUUUUCUCACUAGCAAAAGUUAACCUACCAGAAUGUGUCAUCUUGGUUGGUGUGUGUGUGUUUUAUUCUGUGGCACAAAUAUGGUACUGAUUCUAAGUUCUGCUUAUUUCAACAGUAGACUUGAACUCCUGAUUCGUGCCACUGUAUAUUUCUCCAGAAUGUUGCUGAAACAAUUGUACGACAGAUUCUGGCAUAUGCAGUGUAACCAAUUUUCCCUCCAUUUAUUUUAAAGAUCAAAGACCUGCGAGAUCACAAACUAGAUAACCGCAUGGAGUCCUUCUUCCUGGCUGAAACAGUGAAAUAUUUGUAUCUACUGUUUGAUCCUGACAACUUUAUCCAUAACAAUGGGUCAUCCUUUGACGUCGUACUGACACCCUAUGGAGAAUGUGUUCUUGGUGCUGGUGGAUACAUCUUCAAUACUGAAGCUCAUCCUAUAGACCCUGCUGCACUGCACUGUUGCAGGAAACAAAAGGAAGAGCAGUGGGAGGUAGAAGAUCUAGUGAGAGAGUUCUAUUCUCUGAAAAGAAGCAAGAAGUUCACUUUGACAAGAACUUCCGGUGGAAGAGAAGCAGAGACGCACAAAGACUCUGCAGAUACUUCUUCAGAAGGCCGCAAAGAGCAAAUGAACACUAAACAGAAAGAGAAAAGGAAAAUCCCACUCCUGAGCUGCCCUAGUCAACCCUUUAACUCCAAACUGGCUGUUCUAGGGCAGGUCUUCUUAGACAAUACUUGAUUCCUUUGCUCUGAUUCAGAGUUGUUGAUUUCAAUAAAUAUGUAUUUUAUUUGCA